ACUAGUGAGAAGUGUAAGCAUAAAUGGUGAAAUAUGUCUACUAUAUAUUUGAGAGUUUGUCUGCGAGCCAGUGAGUCUGCGUUUUCAUCUGUCUGUUUAUUCAAGAAUUUCUCCUAAACGGCAGUUUUUCAUUGUUACAAUGAACUCCGUCAGUGAAGCAAUUGCAAUCUUUUCCCUGGACUUUUUCAAAGUACUGAACAAAGAUUUUCCCUCUGAAAACAUCAUCUAUUCUCCACUGAGUAUUUCAGGUGCCAUGAGCAUGGUCCUUCUCGGGGCCAGAGGUAAUAGUGCCAGCCAGAUGCAAAAGGUUCUUCACUUCACUGAAAAUGAAAAUCCAGGAACAGAUCCUGGCAAUCAGUGUGACACGCCUGGAGGGAUUCAUUCCCAGUUCCAUGACAUCUUCUCAGAAAUCAACAAGCCCACCCUUUCUUAUGAACUGGCUGUUGCCAACAGACUGUAUGGAGAAAAGACAUUCCAAUUUCUUCAGCAAUACCUAUCCUGCAUUCAAGAGUUAUAUCAGGCAGAAUUGAAACCAGUUGAUUUUCAGCAUGCUGCAGAGGAAAUCAGAAAUCAGAUAAAUGAGUGGGUUGAAACCUUUACAAAGGGUAAAAUCAAGGACCUCUUUGGCCGGGGUUCACUUUCUGGUGAUACUAAGUUAGUCCUCGUGAAUGCCGUGUACUUCAAAGGACAAUGGGCAGAAGAAUUUAAGAAAGAAAACACCAAAGAAACACCUUUUCACAUUAACGAGACCACAAGCAAACCUGUGCAGAUGAUGAACGGCAGAGGCAAGUACAAUAUAGCUACAAUAGAGGAGUAUGAUUGCCAGGUGCUUGAACUCCCAUACAAGGAUGCAGAGCUGAGUAUGUAUAUACUGCUGCCAAAAGACCACAUGGGUCUAACAGAGCUGGAAAUGAAACUUACCUACGAGAAAUUAACAAGUUGGAUCAGCCCGGAUCAUAUGGAAAAAGCUGAAGUAAAGGUGUCUCUCCCUAAGUUCAAAAUUGAGAGAGAUGCUCUGCUCAAUAAAUACUUAGAGGCAUUAGGAAUGACCGAUGUGUUUCGUCCGAAUGAAGCGGAUUUAUCUGGAAUGGCACAACAAGGUGACCUGUCUGUGAGUCAAGUUGUCCAUAAGGCUUAUAUAGAUGUCAAUGAACAGGGCACUGAGGCAGCAGCUGCAACUGGAAUUAGUGUAGGCGUAACCUCAAUAAGUACACUUGUAACUUUUGUGGCUGAUCAUCCUUUCCUCUUCUUUAUCAGACACCAGAAAACCAAAUGCAUUCUCUUCUAUGGUAGAGUCUCUUCCCUCCCUUAAAGGAAAACCUGUAAAUGACAUGAGAGAGCCC